AAAAACAGAAACACCAAGCGACACCCCACACUAGCGAGAAUUUCAUCUCUCUAGUUCUCACCACUUUUCGCCCAUACCUCUUCUUCUUCUCCUCCUCCAAUCCUCCUCACCCUUCUUCAGAGCCGUAGAAGCUCUCUAUACACAUUACCAAUGGCUAAAGAGAAGCAGAAAGAAGAGAAGAAGCUCUACGUCGGCAUCGCAUGGAACUACACCGCCGAGCUGAAGCUGCUGCUUACAGCUCUCCUCAUCCUCUGCACUCUCGCCACCCUCCUCCAGUUCAUCCCUUCCCGCUUCACCAUCUCCACCUCCGACCUAAGGGUCUGCAUCUCCCGGGUCCUCACUCCGGCCCAGCCCCAGCAGGCCCAACCCCCGGCCCAACAACAAGAUAGUAUUGUAACUAAUGUUGAUAUUUCAGCUGCUGCUGCUGCUUCACCGCCACCGCUUCCGCCUCCACCUCCGCCGCCUCCGCCGCCGCCGACGGAAGAGGUUCUGAGCAACGGAAUAAUAAAACGCGUGUUUAACCCGCACGGCGCGGCGGCGUAUAGCUUUAUCAACAUGGGAACUUACAGAGGGGGAAUGAACACUUUUGCCAUAGUGGGUUUAGCGUCGAAGCCUCUCCACGUGUACUCAAAUCCGACGUACGAAUGCCAGUGGAUCCCCACUGUCAACUCCUCCGCCACCGUCUCCGCCGUCGGAUACAAGAUCCUACCGGACUGGGGCUACGGCCGAGUUUACACCGUUGUGGUGGUUAACUGCACAUUUUCUCAGCCCGUUAAUUCCGACAACUCCGGCGGCAAGUUGGUCCUUCUCGCCUCCACCGGCGGCGGCGGUGACCGGAAUUUGAACGUCACCGACGAAAUCGAGGCCUUGACGGAAAACCCAGGAAGCUUAAACCCUUCAAUCUUCACUUCCAAGCCUAAAUAUGAUUAUUUUUAUUGUGGGUCAUCUUUAUAUGGGAAUUUGAGUCCUCAGAGAGUGAGGGAGUGGAUUGCUUACCAUGUGAGGCUGUUUGGACCCAGAUCUCAUUUUGUGAUUCAUGAUGCUGGUGGAAUUCAUGAGGAGGUUUUGGAGGUUUUGAAGCCAUGGAUGGAGUUGGGGUACGUGACCUUGCACGAUAUAAGAGAUCAGGAGAGGUUUGAUGGGUACUACCACAACCAGUUCAUGGUGGUGAAUGAUUGUUUGCAUAGGUAUAAGUUCAUGGCAAAGUGGAUGUUCUUUUUUGAUGUGGAUGAGUAUAUCUAUAUGCCUCCCAAGAGCACCCUCAAAACUGUUCUGGAUUCUCUGGCUGAGUAUUCACAGUUCACCAUUGAACAGAUGCCAAUGAGCAACAAGCUCUGCCGCAUUGAAGAUUAUCACAAAACUCACAGAAAAUGGGGGUUUGAGAAACUUGUGUUCAAGGAUGUGAAGACAGGCAUAAGAAGAGACCGAAAAUACGCUGUGCGACCGCGCAAUGUGUAUGGCACCGGGGUGCACAUGUCGCAGAACCUAGCUGGGAAGACGACGCACAAAACCGAGAACAGGAUCAAAUAUUUCCAUUACCACGGUACCAUUGCAGACAGGCGUGAGCCUUGUAAGAAGCUGAUCAAUGACACACAGAUCUACCUUGACAAAGUCCCUUAUGUUAUGGACACAACCAUGAGAGAUGUUGCUGGGGCUGUGAAGAGAUUUGAGCAAAGAAUGAUUGGAUCCAGGUUACAACAGACUAGGCAAUGAUAGAACAGAACAGAACAUCAUCUUCCCAGUUUUUUCUCAGUACUUUUUUUUUUUUUUUUUUUUUAUAUGUGAAUCUUUAAUUUAUAGUCGCUGUAGAGAAAUUCUUUUGGGGGGUUCUUCCUUGUAUGAUAGUAUAGGUAUAAAUUACAGGUUGGUAUAUGAAUAUGAUCACUAUGGUUUUGAGAAAAAUAUUUAGAGGUGUUCAUAUUAUAAUUCUUUA